CUGGCAGGACGGCGCAGAGGAAGACAGUCCACUGUGUUGUUUCUACAUCCACGGUCCACUCACAAUAAUACGAGUCAACGAAAGGUUUCAGCAAAGUAAGUUGACGUUAGUGUCCAAACCUUAGGGAAGCUGUCACAACGUAGCGUCAUUGCUACGUUUAUAUCUGACAAACCGGCUCUGGUUAAAUGCUCGUGUCAAAAUGUUGAGUGACAAUACAUCUGCCAGUGAUGAGCUCGCGUGUGGAGACCAGAUGAAGGCACUGCCUUUGUGUGAGUCAGAGGAGCAGGCUUUGAAACCAGCACCGGAGGUCAACACGACCCCCUCCUCCAGGUUUCUGCAGGUUGAACUGGAGCUGAAUGCCCACCUCCGUAGCCUCACAUUCAGCGAGCCUGUCCGGUACAUCUACAACCCGCUGGAGUACGCCUGGGACACCCAUCGGUGCUUCGUGGAGAAGUACUGUCAGGGCGGACAGAAGAUCCUGUUUUUAGGGAUGAACCCAGGACCCUUCGGCAUGGCACAGACGGGGGUCCCCUUUGGUGAAAUCAAGUCAGUUGUUGACUGGCUGAAGAUCACAGGGGACGUUGGCCAUCCUGAAGUUGAGCAUCCAAAGCGACGGAUCACAGGACUUGCCUGCACACAGAGUGAAGUGAGUGGCGCACGUUUCUGGGGCUUCUUCAGGAAGCUGUGUGGUGAACCAGUUCUGUUUUUCCAGCACUGCUUUGUGCACAAUCUGUGCCCGCUCAUGUUCAUGGCUGCCAGUGGGAAGAAUUUAACGCCCCCUGAGCUGCCGGCAGGUGAGCGGGAGGCCCUCCUGGCCCUGUGUGACAUUGCGCUGUGCCAGGCUGUGGAGGCACUGGGAGUCUCCAUGGUGAUCGGGGUUGGGAAGGUGGCAGAGCAGCGAGCGCGGCGAGCUCUGUCAGCAGCAGAUGUCAAGGUACGAGUGGAGGGCAUCAUGCAUCCGUCGCCCAGGAACCCACUAGCCAAUAAGGGCUGGGAGGACGUAGCCAGAGCCAAGCUGGCAGAACUUGGUGUCUUGACACUGCUGAACAAAGUGUGAGCUAUUCAACCUUCUCUGACAUGUGCCUUAUCAAUAGCAGCAUGGAAUUGGCUUACUCGGACAAUUGAUCAGUGGUUCAAUGUACUACUGAUGUACAGGCUCAUAUUUCUCCGCAUAGCUCAGCCUGUAUAUCUGAGCAGCUCCAAGGAGAGCUUGUAAUACACUAAUACUGCUACUGUACACGCAUCUAUCCAACAGCUGCAUGUUUUCUUCUUCUGUAAAAAUCUGUCUGUUCAUUUUGAAAUGGCUUUUCUUUACUGAUCAGUGUUCAUACUGAACACAUCUCUAUGAGAACUAUUCAUUGUAAAAAAAAUAAUAAUAACAACAACACUAACGUUAUAUAAGGUGCUCUGGGUAUAUUUUUAAUUUUCUUGUCAAAGAGUAAGUUGGGGUGUUGGUGACAAUUUACUUGUAGGGUUAUUGCAUUAAUUAAACUUCUGAAGACUUUAGUUUUAGCUGAUGAAAAUGUUAGCUAAUGUGUUAGCUCAUGAUGAUGCAUAUUGGGACACACAGUGACUGCUAAACAUGAAAAACUGAUUUCACCUCUUAGACAUUUUAAUUUACCUUAAAGGGUAUUCCUUCGUACAUUAUAUUAAGAAUGUUUUUAAACCAUGGAGGUACAGUCCUCAGUAAGAAAAAAGUACACACUUUACUGUUCCAUGUGACAUUACAGAGUUCUGUAAUAUCCUGAUAUGACAAAACCGUUUCGCAAAUAUACAGUUGUAAGUAUUGUUCAUAUUGCACCACUGUACAAGACAAUUAUGUAGUAUUCUUUUUUUUUUUUAGUUUUGUCAUUAUUUUGAUAAUGUAUUUUAUUUGUUUAUAAACUGAUUUUAUCUGUGAUUUGACCUUAUCUAGGAUCAGCACUCGCUGUUCAAAUAAAUGAAGAAUAAUGAAAUAUGAAAUAAUUUUCUCCUUCUAGUGCGUCAAAGAUGAAUGCUUUCUGACACCUAAGGCUGAUUUUUAGCAUGUUCACAUAAGAUUGAAGGUGGUGGGACGUAAUGUUGGACAAGUGGAAAUUUGUUGUUCCUGUCGGCAGAGCUAGAAACAGGUGAAGCAAACAUUUUGAUGUGUCAGUGUAAAAAAGCAAUACAGUAACUAAUGUCUAAAUUCAGUUUAGCUGCUUUAGUUUCAGGGUCCUGGUAUUGUACAUGCUGGCUCACUGUCACUGUUAUCAGUAACAUGUUUUUCCCACUAUGGCAAGCCAAAAUGGUUGCUGUGUAGAAGCUAAGACUAAUUAAGUGGAGACCUUUGAAAGUUGCAUCCAACAGCAGCUAUUGUUUGCCCACAACUGCAAGCAAGAACUUAACUCACAUUUUCCACCAGUGCCACAUGGAGAGCAGAGUUUUCCCUUGCUUUUAGAGAGCCAGAGGGGCUGAAGUGUCAUGCAAUAAAGUUAGCGAACAG